CAUAUCAAUUGAUACAGGCCCCGGAUCGAUUGAGGUUGCACAGGAAUGUGGCUCAGCAAGCCCUUGCUCCAGCCCCGACUCAAGUUCCUCACCACCCAGCCUUCAAAGUUCCCGAGCCAACACUCUUCAAUGGGACCCGAAGUGCUUCGGCGGUUGAGGGUUUCAUCUUCGCAAUGGAACAAUAUUUCGAUGGCCUUGGAGUCUUGGACGACUACUCACGUGUGAGGCAUGCUCCCACAUACCUCCGAGACCUAGCACAGCUUUGGUGGAGGCGUGUGUUGGCGGACCAAGGGAGAGGCGACCGACGUGUGGACACUUGGGCGCAAUUCAAAGCCGAAUUGCGUCGGCACUUUGUCCCGACCAAUGCGAUUGACGAGGCUCGGACUAGAUUCCGUAGACUUCGCCAAACAGGGAGUAUCUCGGACUAUAUUCGCGAAUUUUUUGCUCUAUUGCUGGAACUUAAUGAUAUUUCUGACCGUGAUGCUCUCUUUCACUUUAAGGAUGGCCUAAAGGAGUUUGCUCGUUUAGAAGUGAACAGGAGGGAUUCUCAAACCCUAAAUGAUGCCAUUGCGGUCGUAGAGAGCCUUCCGGACUACUCCAACAGACCCAACAACCAACAAGCACGACCUAGGGAUUGGAAUAGGCCUCGGCCUUCACACCAAAAUCGAGACCAAGCUCAAACCUAUAGGCCAAACAACACCCAAGGCUCCGGACAAGCGAGGGGGAAGUCUAAACCACAUAACCCUUGCUAUGUGUGCGGCGGCCCUCACUGGGUCCGAGAAUGUCUCAAGAGAACCAAGGUGAAUGCGAUGGAGACACAAGAUGAGCCGCGAUCCGACAAAGGCAAAGGCAAGAGCAAGAACAAAGGCAACACCAUCGAAGAUGAUGCAGCCAUUGUCGAAUCAUUGCAUCAAUUUGGAACUAUGUCCAAACCUAGUCCAUCCGAGAAUGCAUUGGCCUCGGAGUCUCCUAACCGUGGCCUACUCUAUGCGGACAUCCUCAUCUACGGUAAGUCGGUUCCAGCUAUGUUUGACACCGGUGCAUCUCACAAUUUCUUGGAUGUAGGUGAAGCCAAGGGGCUUAAGUUGAAGCUUGAUGGAGAUGGUGGCAGCUCGAGCGGCUGCUGGUUGGCUCGUGGUGUUCGGAUCCAAAUUGGAGAGUGGAUUGGGAAGACUGAUUUCACGGUCUUGCCCAUGGACGAUUUCCGAGUGGUUCUCGGACUUACCUUCUUUAGGUCGGUAAGUACUUUCAUUCCCGCUUCCACCUCUUCUCUUGUGAUCUUGGACAGGGACAAGCCAACCAUAGUCACUCUAUGA